AUGUGUGGAAUAUUUGGAUAUUGCAGCUACAAUAAGCUGGCAAAAAAGGGCGAGGUUUUGAAACUACUGACGAAUGGGCUGAAAAGGCUUGAAUACAGAGGAUACGACUCUGCAGGUGUGGCCGUUCAGAUCUCCAACUCCUACCAGGCAUUCAAAAAAACAGGGAAGGUCCAGUCGCUUGUGGACCACAUUGAGGCAGCCGGGAAAGAGUUUGAGGCGAAGGAGGAAAUGGCGAACAUAGGAGUUGCACACACGCGGUGGGCAACGCAUGGAAAGCCGUCUGAGACCAACUGCCAUCCCAUUCCCAGCCAGGAUGGGGAGUUCUACGUGGUUCACAACGGAAUCAUCAACAACUACAAAAACCUGAAAGAGAUUCUGAUGGGGCACGGCCAGACUUUCCAGAGCGAAACCGACACAGAGAGCAUUGCACAGGUCAUUCUUUUCAUAUACAGAAAGUGCAAGGCAAGAGGAAUCACCAUGAGCUUUGCAGAGCUGGUGAACGAGGCUGUGCACCAGCUGGAUGGCGCCUUUGCCUUUCUCGUUGUCAGCAAGCACUUCCCAAACGAGGUCGUUGCUGCCCGUCGGGGAAGCCCUCUUUUGAUUGGUGUGCGGGGAAGCUCCAUAGUCCAGCAGGACUCAAUCGAUGCGGUGAGCUCGAAAGAGCCAAGCAUCUCCAUAAGCACGCCCGUGGGAACUCCCAGGAUUGGAGAGAAAGCAGGAGGUGCAGACCUGUCUCGGUCCGUCAGCAGAGUCUUUGUGAUGGAGUCGAACAACGACGCCCCGCCGAUGGAGAUUUUCUUCAGCUCAGACUCGGCUGCCAUCAUAGAGCAUACAAAGACCAUUCUUACGCUGGAAAACGGAGACAUUGCGCACGUAACAGUCAAGGGCCUGGAAAUAACCAAGAGCGGGCCCGGAGGAAAGUCUUUCCGGCCGCUGGAGGAGGUUACAGGAACUCUGUGCGACAUAAUGAAGGGGAACUACCCGCAUUACAUGCUGAAGGAAAUCCACGAGCAGAAAGACUCCGUUGUAAAUACGAUGAGGGGGCGUGUGAACUUUGAAGAGUCCACAGUGAAACUCGGAGGAAUCGGGGAGUGGCUGGACACGCUCCGAAAGGCGUCUCGGUUCAUUUUCAUAGCGUGCGGAACCAGCUCGUACGCGUCUCUGCAAAUGCGGGGCCUCUUUGAGGAGCUCACAGGAAUUCCAUCAACGAUUGAAAUAGCAAGCGACUUCAACGACAGAACUCCGCCCAUUUCCAGGUCUGACUGCUGCAUAUUUGUAAGCCAGAGUGGGGAGACUGCAGACUCCCUUAUCUCCCUGAAGUACAUCAAGGAGAGGGGCGCGCUGAGCGUGGGAAUCACAAACGUUGUGGGAAGCACCAUUUCCAGAGAGACGGACUGCGGUAUACACAUAAACGCAGGCCCGGAAAUCGGAGUGGCCAGCACGAAGGCAUACACCAGCCAGUCUGUAGCGCUGGCACUGCUCGCCAUACAGAUAGGGCAGCACAACGCAGAAACCCUGGAAAGGCGAAAAGCGAUCAUCAACGACCUGAAGUCGCUCUCUGAAUCGAUUGAGUCUGUUCUUAAGGACGAGCAAGGCCUGAAGACCAUAGCAGAGACCAUGCUGAAGACCGAGGAGAGCAUCAUUCUUCUGGGAAGGGGCUACCAGCUUGCCACCAGCCUGGAAGGAGCGCUGAAAAUCAAAGAAAUCACGUACAUACACAGCGAAGGAAUCGGAGCAGGGGAGCUGAAGCACGGCCCGCUUGCACUUGUCGACGAGAAGAAGAGAAUCAUUAUGAUUCUGACAGACCCAUCCGAGGGAAAGUCCCAGAACUCGUACGAGCAAGUUAUUUCCAGAGGAGGAAAGCCCAUUGUCAUAUGCACAGAGCGCACCUCCAAAAAGCUGGGGAAUUCCCUCCAAAUCAUAGUCCCAGAGGUGUCUGACUGCAUCCAGGGCAUUGUAAACGUAGUUGUUUUGCAGGUCCUGGCGUACUACACAGCCACCAGCAAGGGGAUAAACGUAGACCAGCCCAGAAAUCUGGCCAAGUCUGUUACAGUUGAAUAA